AUGAGAUUUAAUUUAACAAUUUCACAAAUUCAAAAAAUAUUUAAUAAUUUAUCAACAAUUUUAUCAAUGCAUCGAAUUUUCUUGAUAAAUUUAGAACAAAAAUUGAAAGAAUGGCCAAAUGUUUUUAUUGGUGAAAGUUUUAUGAAUCAAUCUUUCUUUUUCCUUUUUUAUGUUGAAUAUAUAAAUGGUUAUAAUGAAUCUUCAAAUACUUUGAGAGAAUUGAGAUUGAAAAAUAGGGAAUUUUUAACAUUUUUAAAUGAAACUAAAAAACAUAAGGAAUGUAAAGGUUUAUCACUUGAAUCUUUUUUAAUUUUACCAAUUCAAAGAUUACCAAGAUAUAAAUUACUAUUAAAAGGAGUAUUGAAACAUACAUUACCUGAUCAUACAGAUUAUCAAAAUUUAAAAUCUGCCUAUAAUAGAAUAAGUGCCAUCAAUAAUGCAAUUAAUUCUAAAAAGAAGGAACAUGAAACUUAUUUAAUUAUCAACAAAAUGUUCAAUGAAAUGAAAAUAUUUUCAAGAGAAUCACCAAUUGCCAAUACUCACAUUGAUUGGUCAAAGAAACUCUACAAACAACUUCAUUUAACUAAGGAAGAUGAACAAAUUAAUAAUGUUAAACAAUUUGAAAUGAGAGAAAUUUUGAGAAUUUGUGAUCAGGUAUUUCACAAAUUUAGUACAACCUCCUCAUUGAACAAAUUGGAAUCAACAGUUUUUGAAGAACCUUCACCUAGAAAUUCAAUGAUGAAAACUCUUUCAUUCCUCAAGAAAUCACCUUCACUCACUGCUGUUAAACAUACAGAAGAUGAAGAACAUGAAGUUAAGAAAUUAAUUGAUACCAUACAAGUUAAUACUGAACAUUUUUAA